AUCGUCUUGACGCUACGUCAUCAUUCAGGCUGAGUAGGGAGGCUAGCUAAAGCUGAUGUAUCCUAUUGGUCGUUUCCGUCAAUGUAAACAUGCAGCAGUGUCAGCGGUGUAAACUGUAUUGCUUAAGCGGCGUUUCCUUAUUGUUUACAGCUUUAUCUGAAGUCUGAAUAAUAAUGGCAGUGUGGCUGAAAAUAGCAGUCUCGGAACCAGGGCACAGUAGUGUUAGCUUGAUAACUAGCUAGCACUGAAUAGCUUGCUAACUAUCUGGUUGUGUUUGUAUGAGGCUGGCCUUGCUAAUUAGAUAGCUAGCUUCCCAUUGGUAGCCAUGAAGGGCUAAAUUCAGGUUAGAGAGGCAAAGAUAGAAGGAUGGCAAGUCAUGUAAUCUAACAAGGACUUAUCAAGAAGUGAAGAAAAAUGAAUAAAUCCAGAAGGGACGGGGCUUCGUCACCUGCGAAUGGAAGACAGGGCAAUGACUGGGAUACCAGACGGAAAAGGAAAAUUGCGGACAUCACACAGGCCCUCAGUGUGAGUCCAGUGGAUGUUGCUGCUUUAAGAAGGAUGGCUAUCAGUGAAGGAGGACUGCUGACCGAUGAGAUCCGCUGUCAAGUCUGGCCUCGGCUUCUCAACGUCCCUCCUCAUGUCUUGGAACAAGAGCCAGAAAAGGUAGACCGGGAGGAUAACAAGGACUACAACCAGGUGCUGUUGGAUGUCCAGCGAUCUCUGCGGAGGUUCCCACCUGGUAUGCCAGACGAACAGAGAGAGGGCCUCCAAGAAGAACUAAUAGACAUCAUCCUCGUAGUUCUGAAGCGCAAUCCCCAGCUGCACUACUACCAAGGAUACCAUGACAUCGUUGUCACCUUCCUAUUGGUCCUUGGAGAGCGCCUUGCAACUGCUCUUGUGGAAAAGCUCUCCACCCAUCACCUCAGGGACUUCAUGGAUCCUACCAUGGACAACACAAAACACAUUCUUAACUAUUUGAUGCCCAUCAUUGAAAGAGUCAACCCUGAGGUGCAUGACUUCAUGCAACAGGCUGAGGUGGGGACAGUCUUCGCUCUCAGUUGGCUCAUCACCUGGUUCGGCCACGUGCUUUCAGACUUCCGCCAUGUUGUCCGGUUGUAUGACUUCUUCCUGGCCUGCCACCCAUUGAUGCCCAUAUACUUUGCUGCUGUGAUCGUACUGUACAGGGAAGAGGAGGUUUUUGAGUGUGAAUGCGAUAUGGCCAUGGUUCAUCACCUGCUGUCUCAGAUUCCCCAGGAUCUGCCAUAUGAGACCCUCAUCAGCCGGGCAGGAGACCUCUUUGUCCAGUUCCCUCCCUCUGAAAUGGCCAGAGAGGCCGCCUCGCAUGACAGCAUGGCAGCCUCUACCUUUAAGGACUUUGACCUUGCGUCAACUCAGCAGCGGCCAGACUCUGUUCUCCGGCGCCGGCGCAAACAGAAACAGGCUGCCCUGGAGAGAUCAGCUGCGAACGCUGUAGUGACGGUGGCACAACCUUCAGCUGCACGCCGCUUUGUUCGCCUGGCUGUCAUGGGUCUGACGGUGGCUUUAGGGGCUGCAGCCCUCGCCGUGGUCAACAGUGCCUUGCAGUGGGCCCCCAAACUGGACUUGUUUCCUUGAGCUGCUCCUCUUUCGCCUCCUAUGCUCCAACAUACCGGUCCUUGACUGAAUCCAGCUGGUGGGUCUGUUCCCAAUAAACUUGAAUGAAUGAAAGCAGGAACAAUACAGUCAAUAACACUGUCUGGAGUGUCUUACGCUACUGUUAUCUGCUAGGAUGUGUCUUCACAUCCUAGCAGAACUUCUAAGGCUCCAUCUGAAGGUCCUUUUUAUGACUCCUGAAGAUCACGCACCAGUAUUACUGCUGGUGUUAUCAAAUGAAGCAUUCAUCCUGCUAUAAUGAAGAGACUCUUUUUCUAAGAACUAUUACUGAUAGUGUCAUUAUUAAAGUAUAUUUAUAUUUGGUAAUAGGAUAAUCUGCUAUUGAGUUAUAGUCACAGAUAUAUGCUGAAAUAUUGUUGGACUCGCUACACUUGAAACUGCUGCCAAUUAAUAGAGCUGGAGUGAAUGUAUGAGUGUGUGUGUCUGUGUGUGUGUGUGUGUGUGUGUGUGUGCACUGGACUGAGACCAAAUAGAGGAUUGAUAGAAUCCUUAUAAUGUACUGUUUCUUAAUCUAUAGCAGUUGUAUAAAUAUAAAAUCAUGACAAACAGGCACUUUUUAAGUUCACCUUUUUAUUAUGUUUCAGGCAUGUUUGUUCCCUUCAAAGUUGUCCAAAUAAUAAUUUGUACUCAACAAAACAUGUCAGCAAUACCCAUUAUCAGUGUUAUCAAAGUAGAUGUAUUGCAGCCUACUUUAGAUGCACAUUUGAAUCUUAAAAUGCAGAUGAUUAUGCCCCAAAAUGGAUUUCCGCUUCACAGUCCAUGAAGAAAGAAAUCAACCAUAUAGAAAUUGUUAUGGUCGAGCUUUCCCAUUAUUGACUCACUUCAUUGUUUGGUUGUAUACCGUUAUAUGCUUGCUUCACUUAGAUCUCUCCUUAUAGUUCAGCAAUACACUCGUUCAAAUAUUGGCAUCAGAUCUGGAAUAAACAGCAAGUACAAUGAGAAAAGUAACAAGUUAACAAGGACUGCAUUAUUUUUACAAAAUCACUUUAGAAGCUUUCUUAGGUGCUUUUCUUACUACAACGUUAAGGGUCAAGUCAGGGGGGAAAAGCACCUCAGCCUUCGAAUGAACGCUGUCCAGGUUCCUUUUGUUUUUUAACGUGAAUUUAGCUUUAACACAUGCCAUUUAGUAAGUUGGAUUGCUUGAGUGUAGCAUUCACAUUUCAGAGGCAGUCCAGCUCAUUCCAAUGCUCCAAUCAUUUCAUCCGAUCACAUAAUGAAGUAAUAGGUGGGUUGUUUAGGUUUCAGUAGUGGCACUCAAUAGUUAAGAAUAUCAGAAAAAUACAUUGCACAUUUUUAGUCAGAGCAUUUCAAUUUAAAAUAGAGAAUUGGGGCUAGUUAUUGACUUGGUUCUAGGUCACCUAUAUUAUAUGGCACAACAACCUGUCAUCUAAAAGUGUCUAAUCUCAUUAAAGUAACAUGUUGAGGAAAGUUGCAUCUGCUUUAUUAGGCACUGAAUUCCCAAGCAUCCCAUUCCUGUGUUGUGGUCUACUGCACGUGGGUGCAUCAGUGAUUCAGCGAGCAGGGGAUCUAAAAUGAAGGUGACCUGGAACAUGUUCCUGAGGUGCCUGAGAGUGUAGUUAUUCAGCAGAAUUGUAAUACACCAUGUAUCUGCACUCUGGUUUUUAUUUACUGUCAUUGCACUCAUUGAUUGAUCUGCCUUUUAUGUUUAUUUUGUUAUAAUAAAUACUAAUGUAUAGUUGUACAAGAAAAUGCUAAUAAACUAUAUUGAAAAUGUU